CUCUCCACGGCCAUCUUCAGAUAAAGGGAAGGAGAAAAUGGGGGAAUCUUCCGCGGCUCCCUCCUCUCAGUAUGCCGAGGUUUACCGUCGUCGGGAGGUUUCCCCUUUUCGACGCGACACACCCUUUCCGGAGCUGGGGCAUAAGGGCUUAGUAGUCCGCUUUAACAGGGCGACGUCCAACUUAAUCAGCAAAGUGGACGUCGACCUUUUAGAAUCUAUGCCCCCCCGUGAUAGGGUGCGUCAAGCACAAGCUUCGGCGGCGGAGGCGUUCAUACGGUUGGCCUUUGAGCUCGACGCCAACCGUCAAAGUGCCGCGGACCAGGAAACCAUGGCCGCCCUUACCUCCCGCUGCGAAGAGCUGAACGAAGAAUUAACAAAACUGCGGGAGGACCUGCCGAGCCUCAAAGAAAAACUGGCCAAGUGCUCUGAGCUGAAAGAACGCUUGGUCAGAACCGAACAAUGGCGGGAAAGGGCGAGGAAGCAGCUGGAUCAGAUCGUCGAGAACUUGGAUGCUGCUUCCACCAGGUCCGCGAGCAUCAGCCAUGAGGUCGGCUUGCUGAUGGAUACUCAUGCCAAGCUCGUUCAUCAGAACCAGCAACUAAUGCAGCAAGUGUCGGCCGAUUCUUCCCACUUCAAAAUGAUUCUAUCCGCGGCUAAAGUAUACAAAUUGUGCCUAACCAGGAAGGCCCGGAUAGCUCGAGAUUGGCUUCUCUCGGAUGAGCCGGAAGCGUCGAAGUUUCUCGGAGAUCUGACGGCCGAGAUGGUGAAGGCCGGAACCAUGAUUAGUGACGAGAAGUAUCGUCUGGCUGCCGCAGAGUUGGGCAUGGAUUUUACUUCCCUUCAGCAAACUGCUGAACAAAAGGGGAGUGAAGCUUUGUCCAACCUUGCUCCUGUCUUGGACGGGGAGUCGGCGGUACUGGUCGACACGGUCUGGGACGCGGCCGAAAAGAGGGCCUGGUCUGAAAAGAUAAAUGCCGAGGCUGAGAGGGAGGCUUUAAGUCUCGACUUGGAGCAGCUGGCUCUCUCUUCUCCUCCGGCGUCAGAUGUCCCAGAGAACUUGACGCUCUCCAACCUGGAGGUUCUAUGCCUUGAUCUAUCGAAUCUCAUUAUUGACGAAGGCCGGAACCUCCAGAGCUUGUCCCGGGAGUUGUCUGAGAUCGGGGUGGAGCCGUUCAAUGUUGAAGAUUAUGUCAGCUUCACCCCGAGUUUUGAAGAGGGAAGGAUCGAAUCUCCUCCGCCGCCGGGUGAAGAUGUCGAGGCCUUUUUUGACGAUGUAUAAUCUUGUAUUUUAGUAACCUUGUUUUUUGUAAACAUUCAACUAUAUUUUGAAUAUUCGAUGUAUAUAUUCCUGAUUUUUCGUGAUAUCCAUGCUUCUAUUUGUUGAGCCGUGGCUUCUUUCUUCUGAGGCCGCGGAAUACUACUUAAAGGACGUGAUUUUUCGAUGUCACGUAUAGGCGACAUCAAGGAAAUUUGGACUUAGAAUAUUUUCAGCCUUCAGACCCCA